CAUUUUCCUAAAAAAAAAAAAAAAAAAAGAUCUGGAUAAAACGCCUCUGUGCUCUAAUGAGCACCAAUAAAAGGAUUAUAACUCCACGCACAGGGACUUCUCUCUAAUUAGGACACGGAAAGGCUCCCUUCAGUACAGAAGCGAAAAGGUAAAAGAAAACUGAUUGGCAGCGAGUACAAAACAGCACCUCUCUUUCUUCAGCCACAACCUCUGAACAAAGGAUUCCCUUCGUUUUAUCUCUGUACAACACUAACCCUCCACUUGUGACACUUCCAGUCUUAUUAUCUGAAAGCAUUGUACAUGAAGGCUAUCUGGGUCUAACUUGACAAGAUGCACCAGGACAGACCUGAUCCAUUUAAUUAAACAUCAGAGCUUCCUGAAAAUCUCUCUCAACCAAAUUAUGUCAUCUUGAACUUCAGCUGCAGGCCCUGUGUAAAAUUCACCAUUGGAGAGUUUCUACCUUCUUAUUUUACUUUUGCCAAUACUAAAGGGUCUGUACAAGAUGGGCCUGUGAGGAAUGAUAAUGCUGAGUUUUUGUCAGGUUCCUGAACUUAACCUCAAAGGAGACAUACAGUAAUCUAGAUUAAAUAUAGGCUGUCAAAGGCAUCCAGUUGUUUAUUUAUUGUCACCCAGAAACAUCUCAUGAUGUACCUUUUUAUGGUGCUGUAUCUCCAAACCCUUUGGGUGACUAUCUCCAUAGCAAUGCAGCAUGGACAUUACGAUUUAUGCAAGACACUAACAAAGUCUGACGAGGGGAUAGUUUGGGAAUAUAUGGCUUGUCAGCCAGAAUCUAUAGACAUGACAAAAUAUAUGAGGGUAAAGCUGGAUCCUCCAGACAGCACCUGCGGAGACCCUCCAGAAGCUUUCUGUGCCAUGGGAAAUCCGUAUAUGUGUAACAAUGAGUGUGAUGCCAAUACACAGGAACUUGCCCACCCCCCUGAUCUCAUGUUUGAUGUUGAAGGCAGGAAUCCAAGCACUUUCUGGCAGUCAAAAACAUGGAAACAUUACCCCAAGCCUCUGCAGGUCAACAUCACAUUGUCCUGGAACAAAACCAUCGAGCUGACUAACAACGUUGCUAUUACCUUCGAGUCUGGUCGGCCAGAGAAGAUGGUUUUGGAGAAAUCGCUGGAUUAUGGCAGAACGUGGCAACCCUAUCAGUUUUAUGCUGCUGACUGCCUGGAUGCGUUUAGGAUGGAGCCCAAAUCAGUAAAGGACUUGACUCACAGUACAGUAUUGGACAUCAUAUGCACAGAAGAGUACUCUACCGGGUAUGCAGCACAUGCCAAAACAUUAUCCUUUGAAAUUAAGGACCGGUUUGCAAUCUUUGCUGGACCACGUUUGCACAACAUGGCGUCACUUUAUAGCCAACUGGACACCACAAAAAACUUGCGGGAUUUCUUCACAGUGACGGAUUUAAGAAUUCGACUUCUCAAACCAGCCACUGGAGCCACUUUUGUGGAUGAGAAAAAUCUGGGGCGAUAUUUUUAUGCAAUAUCAGAUAUCAAGAUUCAUGGCAGGUGUAAGUGUAACCUUCAUGCUAACAGCUGUACAUUUACCAACAACCGGCUGGCCUGCGACUGUGAGCACAACACAACUGGGCAAGACUGCGACAAGUGUAAGAAAAAUUUCCAGGGCCAGGCAUGGAGCCCAGGUUCCUAUCUUACCAUCCCAAAAGGAACUGCAAAUAUCUGUGUAUCCAGCAUCCCCAGCACUGUACAGGACAAAAAGAAGAAGCAAUCCAUCACAACAGCUCCUCCAAACUUUGAUAGGAUAAAGACGAAUUCUUCAUUCCUAGACGUUGCAAACAGAAAGCAAGUUUUUUCCAAACUAGCCCUCUCUACUGUGUCACCUGCUCAAGUUUCGAGCCACAAAAGAGAUUGCUAUUGCCACGGGCACUCGAAUCGCUGCACUUACAUCGAGGUUGUGAACACGGCGGUCUGCGUGAGCUGUAGACACAACACUCGUGGUCAGCAAUGUGAGAAGUGCAAGAAAGGCUUCCACAGAAAUGGGUCUGCCAAACUGGACGAUGUUAAUGUUUGCAUAGCCAAUGUUUGUGACAAUGAGCUGCUUCGUUGCCAAAAUGAUGGUGUUUGCUACAACAACAUUAGGUGCCACUGUCCCUCUGGCUACACAGGCAUCUUGUGUGAAAAGCAAAAGUGCGCUGACACUGGCGAUUGCGACUCCAUAUCAGGGCAGGAUUCUGUGUCGCUAAACUCCUGGUUGACAUUAACUGCAAUAGUACUUGUGGACUGGCUCUGCACUUUCUAAAGGGCAGGGACAAUGGACUUCUCUUGAUGGAUGAGUGGACACUGGAAGAUGGAAUGAAACUAAACUUAAAUAAAGAUAUAAAACCUAUUAAAACUGAAAAGGCUCGAGCAAGCUAAGCCAUAUGUAUCAAAACGAAAACGAGAGAUCUAUGACUGUUAUAUUCCUGGCUAACAGAAAAAAAUGGUUCCUUCAAAUAAAAAGACUGCUGCCAUGGUAACACCACCAGAUACAAAGACCUUAACAAAGAGUGAUGCCAAAAGCAGACGGAUUAUCAUAACUCUGCAAGUUGCAGGGACCUCACAAUGGAAAGCUUUUAAAGGAUGGCUGCCUCAAAUAGGACUACUACCAUGACAGGGUCAGUUACGAUCAAUCACAUGUCUGUUCUGAAAGUUUCCGAAUGCAGAAGGACAAAAAAAAAUGCUUGUUAGACACUUCCACGUGGUCAUUGUACCUCGCUGCCCAGUGUGUGGACCAACCAAAUAGCGUCAUUCUUUGCUGCCAGUGCAUUGUGGGUAAAGGAAAGCGGCCAUAUUGGUCCCCGAUACCCUUACACCUGUGCUUUUGUGAACGUCGCUCCGUAAACCCUCGUUGGUCAAAAGAUUUUAUUUGUCCGAUGUUAGUGGUGCACAUAACUCCCUCCUUUAGCCCCCGAGAGAGAAUUUCGAGGCUUGUACAUGCUUGAUAUGAUGACAUGCUGAUUAAGAUUAAGGUGUAUCAAGAAACAGAGAAGGCUUGAGUCUAAGCAAAAAUAAAAUGUAUUUAUCCUUUUGUAUUCAAAUGAAGUUAUUUUUCUUGAAAUAAUGUACAAUGUAGAUUUUUUGUAUUAUUGCAAAUUCGUGUUUAACAGACAAUCUAUUAAGUAAAUUUCAUUCAAUACAGAAUGAAAAUAUAGCUUUUUUUCUUCAACUUAUCAAUUUAUUUUUCGUUGAAUUUUAUUUUUUUGUGUUAUUCAUUUUUCACCCCUUAGCGACCAGAGGGGCUUGAAGUUCCCCAGGACCCCUUUGGCCGUAAAACGGGUAAAUUGCAAAGAAAAUCUUCCAUAGGGAGCGAGUGCUGGUAUCAUGGAGAGCCACAAGUUUACAUAUAUAAGACGUGUAAUAAUGUUCCACCAAAGGAAAUUCUAAAUGUUUUCUUGUUGUUUUAAAACAUUGGAAUAUUUCAAAGGAAUAAAACAUAUCUGAAAACUGCUGAAA